AUGUCCAUCUUAGAUAUCUGCAGGUUGAAUAAAGUUGGUAUUGGGGCUCUUCUUGAAACUAAAAUUAAAGGAGAGAAACUUAAGGAGGUUAUGGGUACUAGUUUUAUGGGUUGGGACUACUAUAGUAGUUCGAGAUUCGAGGGUAGAAUUCUUUUGAUUUGGAAGGCUUGCUGGGUUAAAAUUGAAGUUAUAAAGGAUCAUGAUCAAUUUCUUCAUUGUAGGGUUCGGCUAUGUGCUACAGACCAAGUUUUUUGCCUUACAGUUGUUUAUGGCUCUAACCAGCUGGAGGCCAGAAGAUAUCUUUGGUAUGAGCUAACCAAUUUAUCUUUCCAUGUUAAACCUUGGCUAAUUGUAGGUGAUUUUAAUGCAGUUUUUGAUUCAAAAGAUAGAAUGGGAGGUAAGGCUAUAACAAUGAAAGAGCUAGAAGAUGCUAGACAUUGGCUUGAUCUUGGCAUAGUGGAAGAAAUGAAGAUAAUGGGUUUGUUUUAUACUUGGUCAAACAAUCAGGAAGGGGGAAAUCAUAUCUUCUCCAAGUUAGACAGAGUGUUCUUCAACAAGGAUUGGCUAGAUUCUUUUCCUAAUGUCAGUGCUACUGCGAAUUGGGAGGUAGUUUCAGAUCACUGUGUUAUAAUUUUGAAGCAAUUAUCAGCCCAAAAAGAUGGUAUUCAACCGUUUCAUUUCUACAAUAUGUGGACUGGCCAUCCUCAAUUCAAGCCAACAUUCUUGGCUAACUGGUAUAAGCCUUUAAAGGCUAAGGGCCGAGGAUUGGAUCAGAUAGCAUGGAAACUUUCUCGGCUUAAGUAUGAGCUGAAGAAGUUUAACUGGGGGGUUAUAGGAGAUGUUGUCAAAAAGUAUAUGGAAAGUAAAAGAGCUUAUCAACAAGCUAAAUCCACUCUUUUCUCAGACCCGAAGAAUCACAGCUUAAGUUUGGCUGAAAGAUCCUCUUUUCUGGAGUUUAAGAAGCAGGAGAAAACUUAUGCUAGUUUUCAUUAUCAGAAGAGUAAGAUAGAUUGGCUCCGUUUAGGUGAUGAAAACUCCUCCAUGUUUUAUGCUAGUAUGAAGAAAAGGAAAAUUAAUAACAGGAUAGUGUCUUUUGUAACAGAAGGAGGCAGAGUAGAAGAUAGUUACCCAAAGGUGAUUCACCACUUUGUUCAACAUUUUCAGUCUUUCUUGGGUUGCUCAAGUAAAGCUUCGGGUCAUAUAGAUUCUUCAAUAAUAGACUUGGGUCUGAUUAUGAACUUUGAAGACCAAUUGGAGCUGAUUAAACCUUUCUCUUAUCAAGAUGUCAAAACUUCCAUGUUUAGUAUAAAUGCUAUCAAAAGCCCUAGUCCAUAUGGUUUUGGAGCAGGUUUCCUUAAAAGUCUUUGGACAGACAUAGGGAAAGAGGUGUCUAAGGCAGUUCUUGAGUUCUUUGACACAUGA